GUUAACUACCUUACCUCCCCUUCUCAUUCCACAACCCUAGCUCUCCACUUUCCUCUCUGGGUUCUGCUCUGCGUGUUUUUUGCACCCGGUUCAUCCUCCGAGUCCUCUCUGUUACGGUGGAUUCAUGCUCAGCUCUCGCCCUCCUCGGUCGCCAUGCAGAACAACCACCAGAAGGAGCACCUCUACAAGAUACUCGUCAUAGGAGACCUCGGGGUCGGGAAGACCAGCAUUAUUAAGCGGUAUGUGCAUCACAACUUCAGCCCCAACUACCGCGCCACCAUCGGGGUGGACUUCGCCCUUAAAGUCCUCACCUGGGACCAGGAGACGGUGCGACUGCAGCUGUGGGACAUCGCAGGUCAGGAGAGGUUCGGCAACAUGACCCGUGUGUAUUAUCGUGAAGCCAUGGGAGCCUUCAUUGUCUUUGACCUGACACGGCCGGCCUCCUUUGAGGCCAUCACCAAAUGGAAGGAGGACUUGGAUUCCAAGCUCACACUAGCCAAUGGAAAAAAUGUAGCUACGGUGCUUCUGGCGAACAAAUGUGACCAGGGUCAGGAAGUACUGACCAACAAUGGAAUAAAGAUGGACCAGUUCUGCCAGGAAAAUGGUUUUGUAGGAUGGUUUCAGACCUCUGCUAAGGAGAAUAUCAACAUCGAUGAGGCGGCAAACUGCUUGGUGAAGCACAUCAUCGCAAGCGAGAAUGACAUGCUCCAGUCGGAAGUUCCUGACACAAUCAUCCCUCAGUUAGAGAAGGAUAAAGGCAGGACUUGCUCCUCUUGCUUCCGAGCUCAGUAAAAAUACCAUUCGACAGAGGGUUGUCCCUGCAUUGAGAUUAGUCUCAUAAAAGGCUAUUUGCAUGGGGACUAUCUUUACAGGUGGGGGGUACUGGUGCCAGUUCUUUUCUUGUCUGGAUUCCAGUGCGGAGAGGAAGGGAUAGACUGAAAAAGAGAGAUAGCUGCAGCUGUGCCUACUUGUCAUAGGCAAGGUCACCCCCUGAGCAUCUUCAAGUGUUGGCACAAACACUUUGGUUAUCAAUGGUGAUAUUUUAACAAACAGAUGCCCAGUGAGAUUGCAGCAAAUCACAGUACAUUUGUGCUAAAGAUCUGUGGGGCCAAUCAUUUUACACAGACCGUGGUCGCUCUUGUUCUCCCUCCCUACGUCCACCCACAUUUUCUCUUCAUCUCUUUUCCUUGUGUGCCUGUAAGGGGUCAUGCUGACAACAUAUUUUGACUGUUUAAUAAUCAAGUUUGAGCCAUUAAUACAUUUUUAUCUUCUUGCAAAAGCAAAAAAAAUAACAAAAAAACUUUAAAGUAGACAAAACUCAACCCCUUUACACAGUCAUCUUGUUAUUUUGGUUUAUAUCAUUAUUUUUUUUGUUCCAGCACGAAUGCUGGCACCAGUAAUGCCUUGUAUAGCAAAUUAUAUAUAUGUUUCUAACACACCCCAUUUUAUUUAAUAUCUUACAGAUAAUCUUCACUGUAUGUUAUUUAUAAGUGCACUGGUGAUGCACGUUUUCUCAGUUUAUCUCACUGAGGUAAACUUUAAUCCAUUAUUAUGUGGACAUAUGUAAAGUUCUGUGUAAUAAAGAAAUCUGUGGUACAUCAAAGACUGUUA